GAUUCCAACUCCAAAACUAAAAGAAGAUUUAUCGAGUUAAUAAAACACUUUCGAGUCCGCACUUUUGUUAUUUUCCUUCCAAUUUUAUGUGCCUUUUAUUGCUUUAAGAAUCCAAGAAGCUUCUCUUCUCUGCUCUACUGAAACCAAUCUUCGACGAAUCCAGUAUUAAAAGAUGAAUUCGACUCCGACGCUUCGUUUUCACCGGAAAUUUUAAUCGCUUUCCUUUGAUUUCACGGGCGACUAACUCAAUUUCCCGGUGGCUAUGUGUGUUUGAGUACGGUUUGCGAUGGGGACUGUGGUUGGAAAUGUUGAGGAGUGCAGAGAGAUGUUUGAAGGCAGUGCUGCUCAGACAAGGAUCACACCUUUCUCUUCAACAAAUCAGAUUAAGAAUCCUGUUACCUACAAGCUUGUCCGGGUUGCAGGAGAUGGGAGACUAGUGCCUGCAACCGAUGAAGAAAUUUUUGAGGUCAAUGAGACGGAUAUGCAUACUGCGUCAGAUGCUUGUCAGAGUGUAGGCUCCCUUUCUGCUCAAGGGUUACCUUCUCAGUUAGAAGAAACUUCUCAAGGUUUAUUGCAGUCUGGAUGUGUGGAACCAUCAUAUACAGAGCAGGUGAAUUCUCAACCUGAGUAUAACGAGCAGAUGUUGCAGAAGGUUGAACAGGAUGAGAGACUUGCCAUGAUACAUAGUCCUCACAUGCUUUCUGCUCCAGAUGCCAACAGCCAGUGUUGUAAUGAAACCAACAUGUUUAAUGAGGAUCAUGUCCACCAUGACUCUUCGCUGCAGCAACCCAUUCCUUUCUCAUCAGAUGUUCAGAACGGAUGCAAUGUGGAUCAAUCUAAUACGGUUGUACCAUGCUCAAACGCAGAAGCUAGUCCAAAAGAAACUGCGGCGCCCCCUGCUACUGCUCAAAGACCUGAUUUUUCUUUAGUUAGAGGGGAGAUAUGCUUGAAUAAUUUACCUAUUAAGGCACUGCAAGAAACAUUCAAGGCGACCUUUGGCCGUGAGACGACUGUUAAGGACAAGACUUGGCUGAAAAGGAGGAUUACAAUGGGACUUACUAAUUCCUGUAAUGUACCAACCACUAACCUGAGAAUUACAAACAGCAAGCUAGUUGGAAAUCAAGACAAGGCAAAUGAUUUGACUGAUGAUGUAAGAGCUACUAACCUGAAAGAUGCACCACCUUCUAGUACUGAUAAUGCGAAUGGACAUUCAAAUGCCUCGGGACAUAGUCUCACUGAAGAUUUUUCUAGCGAAGAGAGGGCUGCAAAAAGGGUUAGGAAACCUACACGAAGAUACAUUGAAGAACUUUCAGAAAACGAUGAGAAACAGCCAGUGGUUACUUCAAAAGAUGAGAAGCUAUCAGAAAAAUCUGAGGUGAGGUCUAUUAGCGUCUCCUUAGGGAAGAGAGUCACCGUCACCAGGGUGGUUUCCCUUGCUGGAUCUGAAAUUGAGGUUCCUUAUGUUUCUCUUGUCCGGAGAAGCCGUCCAAGAGAGAACAUCAUGGCUCUUAUGGAAUGUCACUCCAGUUGCUUGGAGGCAAAAGCUAGUUCAGGAGAGAGUAACAUGCUACACAAAGAAGUGCUAAAGUCGGCUUCUGGACCAGACCAGAAAGAAUCAGCUACAAGUAGCAGCAACAAUGAGGAGGAUGUUCUCACUGAGGUUGAUCAAGACAUGGAGACAGAGAACAUAGAUUCAUCUGGAAAUAGCUCAGAUGACAAUAAUAACAUUGGCUUGCCAACGAUGCAAGGUGGUGGACUUAGAAGGAAGCAUCACCGAGCUUGGACUCUAUCUGAGGUUACACAAUUAGUAGAAGGUGUAGCCAAGUAUGGAGCUGGGAAGUGGUCUGAAAUCAAAAAGCUUUCGUUUUCAUCUCAUUCGUACCGUACCCCUGUAGAUCUCAAGGACAAAUGGCGAAAUCUUCUGAGAACAAACUUUGCUCAGAGUCCCUCAAACAUCAUGGGAAGUCUCAAGAAACAUGGAUCGAUGGACAUUCCUAUGCAGAUUCUGUUGCAGGUAAGGGAGCUCGCGGAGAAGCAAGCACUGGUCCCACCGAAUCACCGAUAAAAUAAGGUUAUUCGAGAUGAGGAAACAAGAUCCAACUCCUUGUAGCUGAGUUUUGUAAAAUAGCAACCAAGUAAGGAAGAUGAGAAAUGUGAGAUAGGAUACAGUUUUUGCUGUCUUGUGUAACUUUUAUUAGGAAGCUUUGGUCUAAAACUGUGGUAUUGGUCUAAAGAUGAAACUGAUCUUUGUUUCGUAUUGACAAGAAAUAAGAGGAACAUAUUGUCUCAGAAA